AUGAUUGCGACAGAGACGGUCGACCAGACGCCAGGCAAGGCCCGUGCCAAGCCUCGCGGCAACAAACCCGCAUAUUUUGAAGACGCCGAUGACGCUGAAGAGCUAGAAACAAUGAAAAAGGUCAAACGCAGACGCGGACCGCAGAAGCGGAGAGACGCCUUAGAUGACGAGGACGACGAGCGCAAGUCAUACAGCGAGAUGGAGCAGCUCCCACUAGGUCCCGACGCUCUGCACUUGAUGCAACAUCUGCACGAAGGCCAGCGCUACGAUCGCCAGCCGAGACUGUUGCCGGAGAUCGACGGCGUCACGACUCUGACGCACCAUGAGGCUCAGGUUGAUAUCAAGAGCAUCCAGCAGCAACUCGCAGCGUUCGAAGCGCGGUCGGGGAUUAAAUUGCCCGGAGGACGCCCGAAUGUUGGCGACAAGGACCAUCGAAGACUGUUUCUGGUGGACGAGAACGACAGCGACGAAGACAUGCCAUUGGCUGCAACUCUAAAGAAUCGUCGCUCUAGACCAAGCGGCAUUAUUGCACCAGAGGAGAUUAUUGAGACCUUACCGGCUGCUCGACGGGCUGUGCGUAUCACGCAACGUGAGCUUCGAGCGAUGAGGAUUGAGCGUGAAGACCUCGAGAGGGCGUACGUGAGACAUCGCUGCACGCUGCUAUGGCAAGUAGGCCAGAUGAAGCGCAUGAAGAAGCAACAUGAUCGCGUAACGCGUGCGUUGAGUCGUGAAGUGGCGGAGACAGCGAAGGGCUUGGAGUCAAGUCGUCGUCGUACUAGUGCACUGCAGGACAUUAUGACAGAGCUUGACGCAAGAGGCAGCAGGAUUUUGCGGCUCACCCGCGAGAAGAGCAGACUUGAAGCGAUGCUGGAAGCGCAGGAUAUCGAACUCCCGGAGAUCGACGAGGUGUGUGUCGGUGAUCGUGUGAAAUGUGCUCCAUUCGGGACUGGUCGAGUGCUCGAGUUGCGUCUAGAUACAAGACAAUUGGUGGUAAAACUGGACUUUGGUGGCGUUGGAUACAUUCAAGAAGAUAAUGUGGAAGUGCUACCGUCGGAUAUGACGUAUGCAGAGACUGAGGAAGAGCUGAAACAGCGAUUCUUUGAGAAGAUUGGCAAGCUGGUUCAGCCUGGUGGCAAGCUACGUAUGCUCAGCGGAGCCGUGGAGUACCCGCUGGACGACAGUGAUAAGGACUCGGAUGGUGAAAGUGCAGAAUCAUCAGAAGAGGAAUCAGAGGAUGAGGCUACAGAGGAGACAAGUCAGCACAGAGGUAAGAAACGAAGACUCCUUAUGACUGCGCCGCCGGGAGCGAAUACGAAGAAGUCGAAGAACCGUCGAGUGAUUGAGUUCCCGGCCUCCACGGUGCCGAUCACUCCGUAUGAUACGGGACUGUUGAUCAGUCCUCUGAGCGAACUACCAGAGCGUGUAGCUGCCGUUGGUCCGAAUGCGCUCCAGUGGCUUCCAUCGUAUCUGCCUAAAAACAUGGACGAGUGGGAGCAGGAGCGCUAUAACUCGCUGCAAAUGAAGGGCGAGAUCGAGCGAUUACGUUUCCAGUUACAAAAAUCCGAAGCUCAGCGAAUCGAUGCGCAACAGCUUGCAAGUGAUCAACUUGAGUCCAUCAACCAGCUUGUGUCUCAAUUGGACAAACUGAGAGAAAACGCUGGGCUGCCUCCUAGCAAUGCACUAAACCCCGUCGACUGCUGUCCAACAUGCGGCAGCCACAAGACCUCAAAGUAUUCCUAUCAUGGUCGAGGUGGCAAUCAUCGGAAAGACUCGCAGCACGAUGACAGCGAUGACGAGCUCUCGGAGACCAAUAGCAGAAGUUCUAGGACCGGAGACAACGAUAGUGUGCAUAGCGACUCGAAGAAGGCAUCGAAGCGGAAACACAGUGCAGAGGACGAAGCCGGCAACGAGUCGAGUGAUGCUGCACCUCCAAGGACCGGAGGUAGAGGACGAGGCAGAGGCAGGGGCCGAGGCAGAGGCAACAUGAACCGCUCUCUUCGGCCGCGAAGGAAAGCUAGAACGACCGCUUCUCCUAAGCGCAAGUAG